CAUGAAUAUGAAAUAGAGUUUGUGUUCAGAAAAAUUCGAAACAUUCAAAAUUUGGGCAAUGUUUACCUCAGAGGGCCCUCUAUUGUUAUGCGCAGAACCGAUGCGCAGAACGGACUUGACUUCCCCUUUAAUCAAUUGUACACAGUCAGAAUACUAGUACUAGUACACUACCAAAUAUAUUAAAAUACCUUGACGACUCCGAUCGUGUCAUCCCCUGAAUUAUCUACAGUAACACGUCUUGAAGAUUCUUGUGCCCCCAUUUCUUACACAAAAUACAGCCUUGACUAGCCUUGCUAGUCGUAAAUAAAUCAUAUGAAACAAACACUCAGUCCGCCGCCAUAUUGAAACUCGAUCAUGUCGACAACAUCUUCUGGAUUAUUUUAGCGCGAUAUUUUACCGCACUUCUAAAACGCUCCAUUUGGCGGGAAACCAUCGUUUGUUUACAUUUGAGCAUAGAUAUAGGUAUUUGACAUUUGCUGUCUUUCCUGCAUAUUCGCAAUUUUUUAAAAUUAAAUCAGUAUUUCACGCUGGAUAUUUUUGGAAUCCAUGAAAGAUUUUUAUGAAUGGUUCAGGUAUUUCUCGUGAUGUUUGUAACUUUGUAUGUAAAAAUGCAAAUUUAUAUAAUUGUACCCAGCAUUUACAAUCGAUAAAAAAUCAAUGAUCGGAAAGUCGGAAUGCCAAUCAAUGAAAAACAGUAAAUCAUAUGGAUCAAUUGAUGCCGACUUUAUCGAUGAUCGAUAGUAUCGAGUGGAAACGCUGGGAAAGUAAUAUAUAAUUCUACAAUCAUUGUGACGUUCUUGGGGCAAAGGCAAGAUUUGAGAAAAACUGUAUUUAGCAUUUUCCUACAAUAUUUCAUGAUCUUGGCAAGACAAGAGGCCCACCAAGGGGUUAUGACCGACAGGUGACAUUCCUUAAAAAGAGGUGACAGACUAUCUAAAAAAGAGCGACAAAUGACAGCUUCUGACUGGGGACGAGCGACAAAUCGUGAUUUGUGUUAUGGGUUAAAAGUAACAGCGACAUUUAUUACAAUAAAACAAGCGACAAAGCAGCUACAAAAUGAGUGACAAGCGACCAGGAUUACACUCUUGGUGGGCCUCAGACACGAAAAUCUUGAUACCGUUAAUAUGGCAAAAUCUUGUGUUUUGUCUCAUAAACAGUCGUCUAAAGGCCUGUUUACACAAUUUUCACUGCGAUUUCUGGUGCAAUUUUCUUCUUCUGAUGAAAGUAAACGAGCGGAUGAAUUAUGAAUGUUGAGAGCUAGGGUGCAUUCCAUGUAAACUCUACAUGCAGAUACGCCAAUAGAUAGUACUGUGUAGUUUGCCAAACUCGCGGCAAAGGUCUCUGGCGUACUGCACUUACAAAAUUAAUAGCAUUUGUUCACAUGUAUGAGAAGAAGAAAAUCACACUACAUGAGCCUGAUGUUCAACAGCAUUGAACAAUGUUGCUGGUUGAGCCUGAAUUGCAUGUAGCAAUGUGGGCAGCAAAACAUUGUUCAAUCCUGUUGUCAUCAACUAUUGCAACAACCUGAUCAUUCUUAGCCGUGUAGAAAUCACAGCAGAAGCGUAAAUGGGCCUAUUAUAUAAUGAGCAUAUUAUAAAUGGGCCUAGAUAUUGUGCUGAUCUGCUGUGUCAUAUUUCAUGCCAUGUAUUCUUGUCAAGGGGAAAUUGUACACCUGGCAUCAUUUCAACAAACGCAGUAAGCAAAGAUGGAUCCCUCAGAAGUUGAUUUCUUGAGUGAAAAACAACAUGUCAAGAUUCUACCCAAUUUUAAAGAAGGCAGGAUAUUUCUUAUCAGUGUAGGUAUCAAUUGUUUGAAUGACUAGAAAACAUUUAUUAGUCUAGCAUAAUAAACAAAUAUUAUAGUAAACAACCAUAUCUCACACAGAGGGAAUUUGGGUGGUUUAGAAGGGACAAACUGCUGACAUUUUUUUAAAAAGAGUAGGGGUGCACCGGAUUUCAAAUCCGGCCGGAAUUCCGGCCGGAUUUAACGAAUUUUCCGGCAUCCGGCUUCCGGCCGGAUUUGGAGAAAAUCCGGCCGGAUUUAAAUUUCUGUUUUCACCUUUAAAAAUUCACCAAGAAUGGGAUAAACCAUCAAUUUGGCAGCUUUAAAGUUUAAAAAACACUUUUAUUAUUAUAAAAUAUUAAGUUAUUAACAAAAAAUGUUUAUAAAAGGUUUAAACACAAUCAAAAAUCUAAACUGACACUAACUAAAAAUAGUAAAAAACAUAAACCGUCAUUUUGAAUACUGAUUUAUCCCAAAUUGUCCCCAUUACCAGUUUAUCUCAAAUCCGGCCGGAAUUCCGGCCGGAAUUUUUGUCCAAAUCCGGUAAAUCCGGUUCCGGCCGGAUUUGAAAAUUCCAAAUCCGGUGCACCCCUAAAAAAGAGGAUGUUGAUGGAGUAGUGAUUCACUCAAUUUUGGUUACUGUCAGUCGUGAAAACACUAAAAAUUUAGCGUGAAUUGUGAGGAAAAAUGCUGUUUAAUGUUUCAGAACACUUUUCAAAGAUUUACUGUUAAAAUACCAAAAUGUUACUUAUUGUUACUGUUAAAAUACCUAAAUUUUUACUGUUUACUGAUUCUCAGACCCCCCCCGCCCCCAUCUAGACCCUCUUAAAAGUUCUGGGACAUUGAAAUAUGGGGGAAGAGUGUUCGUCCAUAGUGGAGGAUUGUUGGGUGGAAACAUAAAUGGAUUUAAAGUUUGUUCAUUCACUGCAACCAGGUAUAUCAAUCAUGUUUCGCUCGCUACUCUGGUUUAAUACAAAGCCCAGUCGAAUUGUAAUCAAGACCCAACGUUUCGACACUCCAGUCUAGUGUCUUCAUCAGGGGUGAUCUAAAACUGCGAUCAUGGCUUCUUAAAUACCCAAGGGAUGACGUCACCUGCCAAUGAGAUGCAUAUAUUCCUCUGGCAAAUAGGCACCGUCAUCCCUAUUCAAAGCAUGAUGACUCAUAUUUAUAUGCCACGCUUCUAGGCAAAGUCUUUGACCAUAGCGAUUGUUUGUGGUAAUUACUUUAGAAUUUUCCCACACAAUCUCGUGUUUGGUGUAACAUACAUGUUCGGCUAAAGCUGAUUUUCCCUUGUCUAAAGUUGAAACAGCCUUUUGAUGUUCUUUUAGCCGUGUACCAAACUGGCGUUUAGACUGCAUGACCUAAAUACUCUUUCUCGCAGUCACCGCAUGGUAUAGAAUAUACAGCAUGAGUUUUCUGAUUUGUUUUAACAGGAUCUUUUGGCUUUGCGAAAAUAUGGCCUAAAGUCAAAUAGGGUUUUAAGGCAACCUUAAUAUUACAAUUACUUAAGAUUCUCUUGAUUGGUUCUGUGACACCUUGAAUGUAUGGAACUAUUGUAUAACCCUUUUAACAGAGGUAUCACCCUCAGAGUUGUUUUGGUUCCUACAAACUGAUGAUCUUAGGCAAUCAUUAAGAAAGAUCUCAGGCAAUCAUUAUAAGAUCUCAGGCAAUCAUUAUAUAAGAUCUCAGGCAAUCAUUAUUUUUAUGUUAGGGUGAUCUUGGCCCAUUUGAGCCAGGUCUUACAGCCGAGGUUCCAUUGUGGAUGGCCGUUAACUUGAAGCAGAGAAAAAAGUGCAGAAUAAUUCCUCCAGACUGGAUGAACAUUGGUACUUUUUAUAUUUUUUUAAAACUCAUUUAACUGAUUAAAAGAGUUAUCUAGGCUAAGCCUGCCUACUUCGACCAAGAUCUUGGAGAGCUAACUGGCAACAUGUCAAUGAAAUGUCAAUCUAAGGCCACUACCAAACCUGCUGCAAACGCGCAUACUCUGUCUGGCUGGUGAAAUGUUGAAAAAGGAUUUUUGUAUAGGGCGUGAGGUGUCUUGGUAAAACAAGUUUUUUCUUCUUAGGACAAUUAGAGGAAAGAAAAGAUGAGGAGAAAGAACGAGAGUAUUUCACUGAAAUGCCAUCCAAGAGUUAUUUGGAGCUUGCAUCUUUAUUGCUUAAAAGGUUGGCUGAAAUGGCUUAAAUUACAUUCCUAACCCCCUCCCCCCUAUGGAGGAUAAUUUCCAGACCCUCCUUCCUAAAAUUCAACGAAAUCUAAAUUUUAAAGAAAAUCUGUGGGAACUCCACGGGGUAGGUUAAAAAAACAACAUGGAAAUUCCAAGGGAUGGUUACCUAUUAAUUAAACAAAAAAUGUGGAAAUUCCAGAAACAGGUCAAAAACCAUCGGUGGAAUUUCCAAGGGAUGAGUAGAAUUCCGGGGGGUAGGCAGGAAAUUCAUCAACAUCUGCGGAAUUCCAAGGGCAAGGGAGGGGGUCCAGAAAAUGGAUGUUCUCCGUAGGGGUGGUGUGGAUUAAAAAUGCAAUAAGCCAAUUCAUUUAAAAAUUAGAUAUCUUGUUUUAUACUCUUAAGAGCUGUUUAAAUCAAUUGUUUAGUGCACGAGAUGACAUCCCGCAUGCAGAUGAGGUCCAGACGUUGAUUAAAGAUAUCUGGGAAAUCAGGAUGGCAAAACUUCGCAAAAGUAUCAAUAUUAUGAUGCAAGAAAAGGAGACGCACGCCCGGGUAAUGUUGCCAUGUUUAAUUUCGUGGCUACAAAAUAAAUUCACGCUUUAAAAGUCAACCCUCGGACGCCAAUAACGUUAUAACCAAUUCAAAUGGCCAGAUCCAAUUGAAUAGCAUUAACUCAAAGCAACCUCGUUCCCAGGCUCUUCCCUCUGGGAACGAGGUUGAACUCAAAGUUGUAAACAGUUCAAACUUCUUGACCGUCUGACAUAAAACUCCAACCGUAUUUUCGGCCUGGUUGCGUAAUUUUGAAAACGGGUGUAACUAAUUUUUAGUUGUUCUCUAUCAGGAAAUGUUAUUAGAUAAAUUUUGCUGCAGAGUAGAGUGUUUCUUUUAAAGGGCAUUUUACAGCAGAGUUUUUCCCGAAUAAGAAAACAAAAGUGGCGUAUCUAGAUUGAAAUGACUGAAUAGUAGUAUAAGUUCUAAUUUAAACUAGUGACGUACAGCUAGUUGUGUGUAGUACUGUCUUUGAUAAGAUAUUGCUUUGCCAUUUUUCUAGCUGGACAAUCUAACACAUCUGGAAAUCAACAGUAUACGUCCAUUCCUGACGUCAGCCUUGGACCGCAUGCAUAUUCUUCGUUGUAACGUUGUAGAAAAUCCUAGCACUGGCACUGAUUAUUAAAUUCAUAGCUAACUAGUAACUCAGUAGGAGUCGUUUGUGUUUUUGUCCUACAUACAAACUCAUUUCAAAACAGCAUGACAGAUGUCCAAGGUAACGUGACGCGUGAUGUUUGUUUGCGUUCACGACGUGAAUUAUCUCAUCAAAGGGAACUUUACGGUCCUUUUAAUACGAUAUAUUUUUGACGGAUGUAUCUGACGUAUUCACAAGAAAAACUGCGAUGAUUAUAUACAGUACAUACGCAGUACAAGUUUUAUUUUUAAGAAUUUUUAUCCAAUCAUUUCCAUGUUUUAGUUUAUUAAAGUUUAGCAGAACAUACAUUGUUGGUUGAAUUAAACAUUCUCCACUUGUUGUAAUCCCCGGUUAAAUCAGACAAAAUUACAUCCGGUGGACUAUGCCCAUAAUUCAUAUUGAGAUCAGUGCCAUUGACUUGGAUAUAGUUGUUGUGACAUGACCAUUGUUGACCUGAAACAUGGCUGUCACAUGUGGAUACAUACAGUUUUGUCCACGACAUUAUUUCUCCGUUUACAUCCAAACAUUUUCCUGAGCUGUGAUGUUUUAUUUGAUGACAUCUUGUCCAGACCCACCAUUGCUUGACGUCAUCAUGCUGGCAUUCCGUUGCUGUGACGUCAUCGUUGUUCACUGACGUACAAACGUCGUGGAAAGGAUUGUAUAUCUGAAAUACUGGAUGUAAUAUGGACAAUAUGAAAGGAGAGUUGAAGAAUAAAUUAGCAUUGGAUGCGAAUGCUUUGCAUAUUACUUCAAAUACAAUUUUACCAACUGCUUUAGCGAUUACGGUUUGGCUUUUCGUUUUGUUUUUUGUUUUUUGCACCUACAGUGGUAGCAAAAGCCAUGGAUAUUUCAUUGAAAAUUGAAAAUCUUCAUACCUGAAUGUGAUCUUUUGCAGGGAUCUAUGUUGCUUUCGCACUUCAGAUGAUGAAACUGUGAAAAAUUAACAUCAUUAUUUCAAUAAAUGGUGACUAUUGUCACGUAUUAUAACAAGCUUUGUGUCCAUACCAGAUAUAAUUCGAAAACAACAUAUGAACUAAGAUAACCUUUUGAUAAUUUAUACUUAAUGUAUAACAAAGCUAACAUUUGAAAAAAUAUAUAGAAAUGAACUUACAAUUGCCAAAUCUUGAUAAAAAGUCCAUUUUCCCUCUGUGGCCACCAUAUUUGAUAUAUCUGUGCCUGUGUUAUUACUGAGUUGACAGUUCACUUCAAGGGAUGUCGUGGUCUUGUAGUUAAAACCAAGACAGGCUGCUGUUCCGAGGCAGUGGAAUGAACAUUCACUUGGAGAGUUCACCUCGUGUUGAGACAGAAUUGCGUUUAUUGGUAAAGAC